CGAGGCCGGGCGCGGGAGGCGGCGGCGGCGGCCCCGGGAGCUGCCGAUCGGCUCCGGGACAAAGGCGCGGCCGCCCGGCGCCCCGAGCAGCCCGAGUCGGGGCGCACAGCCGGGGCGCAACCUGCGCCCCCCGCCGCGACUGACAUGAUGUUUCCACAAAGCAGGCAUUCGGGCUCGUCACACCUACCCCAGCAACUCAAAUUCACCACCUCGGACUCCUGCGACCGCAUCAAAGAUGAGUUUCAGCUCCUGCAGGCUCAGUACCACAGUCUGAAACUCGAAUGUGACAAGCUGGCCAGCGAGAAGUCAGAGAUGCAGCGUCAUUAUGUGAUGUACUACGAAAUGUCCUACGGCUUGAACAUCGAGAUGCACAAGCAGGCUGAGAUCGUCAAGAGGCUGAAUGGGAUAUGUGCCCAGGUCCUGCCCUACCUUUCCCAAGAGCACCAGCAGCAGGUCUUGGGAGCCAUCGAGAGGGCUAAGCAGGUCACUGCACCUGAGCUGAACUCCAUCAUCCGACAGCAGCUCCAAGCCCACCAGCUGUCCCAGCUGCAGGCUCUGGCCCUGCCUCUGACCCCACUGCCUGUGGGGCUGCAGCCCCCUUCGCUGCCAGCGGUUAGCGCAGGCACCGGUCUCCUCUCGCUGUCGGCACUGGGCUCCCAGGCCCACCUCUCCAAGGAAGACAAGAAUGGGCAUGAUGGUGACACCCACCAGGAGGACGACGGCGAGAAGUCGGAUUAGUGGGGAGCUGGGAUGGGGUGGGUGGGUGGGAACAAAGGGAGACAGACACAGAGAGAGAGGAAUGUUCAGCGCAAGACACAGUAUAGCUCGGGUUAUUGGCUAAACUCUGGUAGUAUUUAUGGUAGCCGCCUGCUGGGGCCCUCGCCCUGCUUGUGUGCCACCCCCUGGCUUUGCUCCUACACCCAGCUCCCAGCUUCCCUCCUCCCCUGCAGCCUGAAUGGGUGCAUACCUGCUCAUACCACAGAUGAGGCAAGCUGAGGCCUGGAGGCGCCUGCGGGAGGCCAGGUCAGAGGGAGCAAAACCUCAAGAGGUCCAACACCCCCUGCACUUCCCCGAUUCUUCGCACAUGUGUAACUGACAGUCUGCCCACUGGGCCCUUCCAGGCACACCUGGCCUCCCACCCUGGCACUGCAUGCAAACACAAUGCUAGCUGCCCCUCCCCGCCCUGGGCGCCCCAGUCUCCCCCUCCCACCCACUCACCCUCUGCUAGUUCCCAACACCCACUUGGGCCUCUCCCCUUGCCCACAAAAGAAAGAGGGGCCAGGAGAAGCCACCUUAGCCCGGACAGCAGGGUGGGGCGGGCAACCCAGAUUUCCCUUUCUCCCCUUCCCGAAUAAAGAUGAGGGUACUCAAGUUGUCUUGGUUUUUAUUUUUAUUUUUUUUCCUUUUUCCAGUAUACUAGCUUGUCUUUUUAAAAAAGGGAUAUUAAAAAAAAAAGACAUAAAAAUGUUGAAAAAAAAAAAGCAACACCCACACCUGUGUCUGUAUAUAGCCUUUUUAGACUGUCAGCUUUUGUUGUGUUCAGUCGUUUGAUCUCUACGAAGAGAAGUGAAAAUGCUGUAUCGAGGGUGGGCUUAGCUGUGCCUUUCAAAUAAAGAUGUGAGAAGGUUG